AUGGACGAUCAACCCCGCCCUCUUCCACCAUUGCCGCCAUCGCGACUAUCACAACUGCCGCCACCUCCUUCAUCGAAUACCUACAUUAUCCAAAUUCCUAGGGAUCAAAUCUACCGCAUUCCUCCCCCUGAAAACGAAAUCAUUCUUCGCAAUUUAGACAUUGAGCGCGCUUCCAAGAAGAAGAAACAACUCGACCCUCGUUGUUUUUAUUGGUUGUCUAGCAUAGCUAUUGUCUUGAUCUUGUUGUGGAUAUUCUUCGCGGUCUUUCGCGCUUAUUUCCAACCUAAAACACCUGAAUUCUCCGUCAUUGGAUUAGUUCUUAGGAAAGGAUCAUCGUCUAACAAGCAUGCAAACCCUAGUUAUGAUAUCACGUUGAAGGCUCAAAAUCCUAAUAAAAAUAUGGAUAUCUUUUAUAAGAAAGGGGGGAAUGUUUCUCUACUUUUUAAACGCGAUAGGAUUGGGGGUGGAGAAUAUCCGUCCAUUUCACAAGAGUCGAAGGAAUCGACGACUAUCCAUGUGACCCUAGCCGGAUUAGCAACGCAAUUGCCUAAGGAGAUCGAGACGAGGUUGAAUGCGAAGAAGGCAUCUGAUGGACCCAUUUCGUUGUCUCUUGUGGUAAGUGAACCGGUUGAAUUUAAGGGUUUGAUCACAUUCAAGGAGCAUUUGACGGUCACAUGUGAUUUUCGAGUAAAUAAGUUUGCUUUAUCGACAAAGCCAAAAAUUAUUUCUCAAGAAUGCCGUACAAACUUUUAGUACAUGCUCUAUGUUUUUUUUUUUUUUGUAAGACAAAAAUGUCAUUUGGGUUGCUGGGAUAACUUAUAUAAAUGCUUAAGGUUUGAUUUUGACCUUAA